AAUGUAUUGAAAGGGGUUUUGAAUGCAGUGUUUGUGUGUUUGAUAACAAGUGGUGACAACUUGUGAUCAAAACUCUCAUUCAUUUCACAUGUUUUUCGCUUUGAAAACACAUUUCAAUUGAUAAACAAUCAGACGAUCGGCGAAACCAUCGAUGAAUCGGUUCCACACUUUCACCAAAAAUGAGUCUUCGGACGAGUCAUCAGAAGAGGGAGAACUCAACGAUGACAGCGACGAUCACAACGACCAGAAGCCAGCCAUCGAUGGUAAAGAUAAUCACCAAUUGUUUGAUUCAAAGGCAUUGAAAGUCUCGAAAUCGUUGGAAAUUAUGGACAAAAGGGAUGACAACAGAGCGAAGAAUCGGUUCACUCUUUGGUCAGACAUUCUUCUGGAGGAAGAGCUCAACCAUUCGGUGAGCAAUUCGAUGGACAUUAAGAAACGGCAGAAGAAGUCGACGAAAUUUGACCGAAAAUCGGAAAACUAUUCGUUUUGGACUAAAAAACAAUUAGAGGACAAACAGAAAGACAAUUGUGACCAACAAUUGACACAAACGACCGAUAAUUCAGACAAUAAACAGACAAAGAGUGAGAAGAAGAGGCGGAAGAACAAGAAGAAGAAGAAAGCGGAUAAAGAUAUUGUGUCACAAAUUGCUUAUAAACUGAAUGAACCAAAAACGGAUCUUUUGAAAACGGUUUACGAGACGAUUGGUCCCGAGAAGACGUCGGAACUGUGUUCGGCCGCUCUUGACGUUCAGUCUUCGGGUGGACUCAUGACAGCCGACGGCAAAAGACGCCGCACUUGUGGCGGAAUAAAAAGUCACUUAAAAGGAAAGGCAAAGGGAAAGGAAGAAAAGGUAUUACUAAUCGCGAAGCCAUGGCUACAGCACAACAACCUUUAGAUACAAUGCAAUCAAUUGAUACCAAUGUAUAGUUUAUGAAUAGAUUUUUAUUUAUGAAAUAAUAUGAAUUAAAUAUAAAAA